UAAAUCAUACGUUUUCGUGCAUUUUGUCCGCGUUGCGCGCCACGAGAGAUCGGAGACUGGGUUCGAUCUUACAGGUCACAUGAUCCGUUAGCUAUGGAGGACCAGCAGUAUGUACACUGUAUGUCCAUAUUUCCUUUGAAAAAUCGCCUUUUUGAACGUUAAAUGUUCUCCGUGGGGACAAGUAACGUUGAAUGCGAUUCAAGAGGUUACUUUCAUGAGUGCUAGAAAGUACCCAAGGCUGUCUGACGGGUAUCAUGAGAGAAGCCCAUAUAAUCAGUCAAGCAAGCAUUCCAGUAAGCCAAGCAACCAGCAAGAAGGUCGAUCAGAGAAAUCUUCUAAUGUUAAUGGUGGCUCUCGAAGCCGUAAUAACUCUCCCAGAUCAAGAAACAGCACAAUGUCUCCACGUUCACAGAGACCCAGUUAUAGCAAGGUUAAAGAGCUUUCACGACGUGCCUCGGGCACAUCACCAGCUGAACGAAAUCACUCCUUACAAAAGAGUUCUGGUGAUUUCAAAAUCAAUAGCAUCAGUACUGAUGAAAGUUUUCCGUGGUCCCAGCACACAAGUUCAUCGGGCAAGAUCUAUUAUUACAAUUAUAAAACAGAGAAAUCCCAAUGGGAAAAACCAAAAGAAUGGCUUGCAAGGGAACAUCAAAUGGAGCAAGAAAAAAAGAAACGCUUGGAAGUUUCUGACAAGAAUUCAUCGUCAAGUCGUGAAUUAUCCAACAAGAGAGACAGUUACGGCUGUUCUGUUGUUGGAAAUAAAUACAACAAAGAAAAGAAUGUUCAUCAAGAUGUUAAGCAAACAUCACAAAAGACUGACAACAAGUCGUUGCUUUCUCAUAACCAUAGACGUCUGUCAGGGUUACAUGAUAGUAGACGACUUCAUCAGCUGCAUAACUCUGACAACAGGAGGCUGUCACUACAGCAGCACACACCAGAAAGUAAAAAAUCUCAUUAUACUCAUGUUGGGAAUAGUCAAUCAACUGCUCCAAUCAUUAAAACUUCCUCUGCUAAUACGACUUCUGUCUCUACUGCAGUACACAGACCAGAUCACGUAUUUGCAAAAUCAGUUACUAAAGCAUCGCCUUCGGGAAGCUUACAUGACGUUUCUCCACCGCGUACUCCAGUUACUACUGCCGGUCAGAGUAAAUCCCCACUUGUUACCGUUUCACCAUUAAUAUCAAGCCAUUCUCCAGUCGUCCCACAACAUUCUCCUGUAACGAAAUCAUCUCCACGUCAUGCAACUCCCCAAAGGCUACGAACCAUGACCAACAGGUCAUCGACAUCAACUCCCCCACCUCCUCCACCGCCAUGUUUCCCUCACGCGUCACCCGCUCACACCUUAACUCCAGCUCGCCCUUCAGAAACAUCGCCAAAAACAUCAGCGGCUAAAGAGGGCUCGUCGUACAACGGUUUCCCGCAGGGAUUUUCUAAAGCGCAGCUACAUCCAUUACAACAGGCGACUUUAUUGCAACAGGCUCAGUUUCAAGGGAACUCCAGUAGAAUGAUGCCCUCUGCAAAAGAUUCAACACAAACGAAUACACAAUCUCCGCUCCAUCAAAUGAAACCGCCUAAUCAGCAUGUUCCUCAACAAUCUCAUGGUCUCCAACCAUCUCAAUAUGUUCAUCAACAUUCUCCAAAUGUACCUCGACAAUCCCAACAUGUUCCUCAACCGUCUGCUCCUGUUAUACAGCGAACCACAGUAGCGUCUAACCAACCAAUCCUUCAUCCUUUUCCGCAAACAAUCAUUCUUCAGGAUUUCGUGAACGGCUAUAAUCCCGAACUUAUUACUCAUACUCUUGCCUGGCCAGGGGAUAUUGUCGAAAAGCAGGCGCAAAAGUCAGCGGACGAUACUGUGAAUUUAUCCAUAUUGAACUGUCGACUGAAAGCUGACUUGGUCCCGCUUAAGUUUCAUCAAAAUCUCACUCGGAUGAGGAUGGACGUUGGAACGAAAAGGAUUGAAUUUCUUCGCGGACAAACCGAAAAACUGGAAUCCUCCGAUGCAGUGAGCUAGACCUCAAUCCCCAUCUCAUUUUGUAAUUGUCCAAUUUUCCAUGAUGCGUCUUCAAGAAGAAGUCCCUUUGUGACGUAGCCAUGUUUUGAAGCGAUUGUAAAAGCCAACAAUGUUUUAACUUCACGAAGUCAUACCAUGAACGACCCUCGUGUCAUCUUGGAUAAUGAAAUCAUGUUACGAACGGCAAUUUUAACAUUUUAUCUUUAAUAAACGUGUAUGUGUCUAAUGACAACUCAAUGUUUAACAAUCACACUGUCGUCUUAUGAUUGCAUGUUUUAAACCGUUGGUUUGUGAAUAUGUAAUUUCCAUGUUGAUUUAGUAUGUUGUAGAAGUCUGUAUAAACAAAGCUAACAUUGUUGACCCCGCUUAGAGAGUAUUCACAAAGGUUAGUAUAGUUUUCUUGCGAAUAUUCAUCUUUCGUGAGAUGAGGUAAGGGCAUCAAUACGUGUAUUAAAACUGAAUGACGUAUCACGUGUAAUGCGUAGCCAUCCGAUGCGUACUCCAGUUUAAUGUACAUAUCAGUGGGUAAAGGUCUACGCGGCACCUCUAAAAACCAUUGCAGCUUAGUGGGUCAAAUCGCCAAACAGUACAUCUUUAUUUUUAUGAUGAAAUACACCCCGACUAUCAGAAGCACCUUCCAAGCAAAUUUUUCAAACUUAUCAGAGGAAUUGCUGAACUUGGUGUUGUUUUGACUUUAUUUUACAAUGAUUGUCAAUGGAGUUCAAUCUGAUAGUCAGAGAAUGUUUAACUGUGUUGCUCUUUGUCUGAAUAAUUACCCUCCUGAUCCCCUCAGUCACACAAACCAUUCAACGAUGAAAGUUAACAUUGUUUGUUCGUGGUAAUGUUGGAGAAGUGGCAAUAUUGAUAAUAGGAUUUGGUCAAUAUUCGUUCAUACAUUGUUUGACAUCUUAAGUUCCUUUGUAAUCGAUUGUUUUCUAUACAAUUAUAACAUGUACACAUACAUGUACACACAUGUAUAUACAUCGUGGUAUAUGAAUAUACCCAUCCCUCCAUCUCAACGCACCCACAAACACAAUUAUGAAGCGGUUCACGUCUAUGAGUAGUAUUAUAAAUUACCUUAAAUUUGGAGAUUGUUAAAAACUAUCGAAAUCAUCAAAUGAACUUAAGUUUGGAUGUUAUAUUUAAUAGUGUUGGGCCAACAAUGUUCGUUUUGUUCGUACAAGGGGUUAAGGAUAGUUUAUUUUACGCACGGUAUUUACGAUGAUCAUCCCUUAGAACACGUAUCGGCAGGUGUACGCCUUUAUCUUGAAGAAUUUUGUUCAUGUUUAGGUUCAUAACCACAAAGGCGUUUUCAAAAGCGAUUGUUUUAUCCAAAUAGAAUGAAGAUAUGAGAACUUGUACAGUGUUUUGCACGAACAUCGCGCUUUAAAUAAGAACGUUUACUGGAAGCUCUAUGACGUUAUGCCACUAAAAAUACAAUGUAUUGUUUCUGUUAAUCUGGUGUUCGCUGUAGCAUCUAAUUCUCUAAAAAUUUCAUAUUUAGCGUCGAAUGUAAAAUAACCGAAAUAUAUACUUCCAUUAUUCCAAGUA